AUUAUUUGUGCGUCGUUAAAUCGGGAUUAAGAGGGCAGAAUGCUCGUAAUUGACAGACGACGCAGCGAGCAGCGAAGGAGGGGCGAUUUCAGCGACGAUUUCCGGCGAUUUGAGGCGUUUUCCGACAGAUUUCAACCAAAUACCAAACAUAUUUCGAUGGCAUCUGCAAGUUCUGAACAACAGUUAUGUUAUGGACCUGAGGAUCCAUCCGUACUGUUUCAUCAAAACGAACAUAUUUCAGCCUCAUUGUUGGCGAAUGGCACAACAAAUGUGUUCAGAGUUCGUAGGACGGAGAGUAAGGUUUGGGCAUUGCCAAUACAUGAAGAUGUGAUGCAUUGGCUUGAUGUUUGGGGGUUCAGAGGUGUGAUUGAAUGUGGAAGGCCAAGAAGGAUGGACAAUGACCUAAUAACUGCAUUGAUCGAGCGAUGGAGGCCUGAGACCCACUGUUUCCACCUUCCAGUUGGUGAGGUAACCGUAACCUUACAGGAUGUGCAAAACCUGUGGGGUUUGAGAGCAGACGGUCGUGUUUUCACUGGCUGUGACUACCCUAUUGGAUAUGAAGAUUGGCCCAGCAAGUGUAGAGAUGUGUUGGGAUGGAUACCUGACGCAGAAACAGAAACGAAGCACGGUGGGUUGUUGAUGACGUCUCUGAUCAACCAAGCGACUAUGCCGUUGGGUGAUGGGCUGCAUGAGUAUGCAUACGUCCAAAGAGCACGUAUACAUGCUCUAAUCUUGUUAGGGGGGCUUAUUUUAUCGGACACUAUCGGGUGCAAGGUCCCCUUUAUGUGGAUAAAUGCCUUUGACGAUCCGGAAGACGUGGCUAAUAUCAGUUGGGGUAGUGCUGCUUUAGCAUACCCGUCAACUGUUAACACCGGUGCGGCCUUCUGGAACGCAUGUAUUGCAGGCCCAAAUGCCCAGAAAACAUAG